CAAUUUUUCUUGGCACGAAUUUUAGUAAACCAUCAGGAUCACGGACCCAUUUGGAAAAGAGGGGCAGCUGGGAUCAUGAUCGGAGGUGGGCGUGUACGGCUGAACCGGUGGCAGCAGGCGGCGGUGGCAGUUGGGUCGGCGGUGGGGGCAUUGCUGGACCCAAGAAGAGCUGACCUGAUAGCGGCUCUGGGGGAGACGACUGGGAAACCGGCAUUCGAAAGAGUUCUUCAGAGAAUGAAGAGUUGCCCUGAAGGCAGAGCCAUACUGUUGGAGCAACCCCGUGUUAUAUCUGCAAAUGUGGGUCAUGCAUGGGAUCUUCCAGCAAAUACAUUUGGUGCUGCCUAUGCAAAGUUCAUGGGAUCUAGGAACUUCUCUCCAGAUGAUCGACCACCAGUGCGUUUCAUGGAAACAGAUGAACUUGCAUAUGUGGCCAUGAGGGCUCGUGAGGUGCACGACUUCUGGCACACCCUUUUUGACCUUCCGACGAAUUUGAUGGGUGAGUCAGCACUCAAAGUAAUUGAGUUUCAGCAAAUGUACCUUCCCAUGUGCUUGAUGUCCGUUGUAGGAGGCUCAGUGAGAUUCAAUGAUAAGCAGAGAAAAUUGUUCUUCCAGCACUACUUUCCUUGGGCCAUUCGAGCUGGUAUGCGGUCAACAGAUCUCAUGUGUAUAUACUAUGAGAAACACUUCCAUGAGGAUUUGGAGGAUGUUCGGAGAAAGUGGGGUAUAACUCCUGCUCCUGCUAUUCCUAAACAAACCCAGGCAUCAGCAGCCUCAUCUGCUCCAGCAAAGAAACUGGAGAUUUCUUGAGCACAUGUAUCACUAAAUUUGCUUGAAUAUUGACACUGAUCAUAUUGUUUUGUUUCCAUAAGUUCAUUCUCAUGAGCUAGAUAUAUUAGU